GUAGAGGAGACUGAACAUAGAGAAAAACGAGGAGAGGCAGCGAGGCUAGCAGGCCUCUCUCCAGACAGGUAGCAGGGCACAGGGUCCAAGGAGUGGGCUUUAACUUGUGUGCUGGAUUGCUUUUUGUCCCUUGGUUAUGAAUAGAAUCUUGUUCCUCUACGGACUUCUGGAGCGAAACGUUGUCUGCCCAUCACAACAACAAAGCAUCCCUUAUGCUUGGAUAAUUGAGCCAGGCUGCUGCUGCUCUGCCAGGACAUUGGGCACUUUUUAAAGGGACAAUACAGCCUCUUGGACCAGAAAAGCACAGCUCACCAUGGUAUUGAUCACAGCAGGUUCUAGGAGACCGCUAGAUUUCUCUCAUUCAUUGCUCUUUCUUUGGCAAACCUUGCUUUGGAUUAUAUGUACUGUAUGUGCAGAGGAGCAAUAUUUUAAUGUAGAGGCGUGGUUGCAAAAAUACGGCUACCUUCCACCAACUGACCCCAGAAUGUCAGUAUUGCGCUCUGCAGAAACCAUGCAGUCAGCUAUUGCUGCUAUGCAGCAAUUUUAUGGACUUAAUGUUACAAAGAAAAUUGACAAAUACACAAUUGAUCAAAUAACAAUGAGUUGGAUGAAGAAGCCACGAUGUGGCGUACCUGAUCAGACAAGAGGCAUUUCCAGAUUCAGCGUUCGCCGGAAGCGUUAUGCCUUAACAGGGCAAAAGUGGCAUCACAAACAUAUCACUUACAGUAUAAAGAACGUAACUCCAAAAGUAGGCGACAGUGAAACCCGUAAAGCCAUUCGCCGUGCCUUUGAUGUUUGGCAGAAUGUAACCCCACUGACAUUUGAAGAGAUUCCAUAUAAUGAAUUGGAAAAUGGAAAAAGGGAAGUGGACAUUACGAUCAUUUUUGCCUCUGGAUUUCAUGGGGACAGUUCUCCGUUUGAUGGAGAGGGUGGAUUUUUAGCACAUGCUUACUUUCCAGGACCUGGAAUAGGGGGAGACACGCACUUUGAUUCGGAUGAGCCGUGGACGUUAGGAAAUCCUAAUCAUGAUGGAAAUGACCUAUUUCUGGUUGCCGUACAUGAAUUGGGUCAUGCUCUUGGUCUGGAACAUUCCAAUGAUCCCACGGCAAUCAUGGCACCAUUUUACCAGUACAUGGAGACUGACAGCUUCAAACUACCUAAUGAUGAUUUGCAGGGAAUCCAGAAAAUCUAUGGUCCACCUGAGAAAAUCCCAACACCAACAAAACCUCUUUCUACAGUGCCACCACACCGGUCUAUCCCACCGGCUGACCCUCGUAAGAAUGACAGAUAUCCCAAGCCUCCCAGAAACCCUACUGGAGAUAAGCCAUCCUAUCCAGGAGCCAAACCGAAUAUCUGUGAUGGUAAUUUUAAUACGCUGGCUAUCCUACGUAAGGAGAUGUUUGUUUUUAAGGAUCAAUGGUUCUGGCGUGUUAGGAACAACAAAGUAAUGGAUGGGUAUCCUAUGCAAAUUACUUAUUUUUGGAGAGGUUUACCACCCAGCAUUGAUGCAGUUUAUGAAAACAGUGAGGGGAAUUUUGUAUUCUUUAAAGGCAACAAAUAUUGGGUUUUUAAAGACACAACCCUACAAUCUGGCUAUCCUCAUGACUUAAUCCACCUUGGCCAUGGAAUUCCACCACAUGGAAUAGAUACAGCUGUCUGGUGGGAAGAUGUUGGGAAAACAUACUUUUUCAAAGGUGACAGGUACUGGCGUUACAAUGAAGAAAUGAGAGUAAUGGAUCCUGGCUAUCCCAAGUUAAUAUCCAUAUGGAAAGGAAUACCAGAAUCUCCGCAAGGUGCUUUUGUUGACAAAGAAAAUGGCUUCACUUACUUUUAUAAAGGAAAGGAAUACUGGAAAUUCCACAACCAGAGACUCAGAGUAGAGUUUGGUUAUCCCAGAUCUAUACUUAAGGAUUUCAUGGGAUGUGAUGGUUCAACUGAUAAGGACAAGGAUCGAACCAGUACUCAAGAUGAUGUAGAUGUUGUCAUGAAGCUAGACAACACAGCCAGCACUGUGAAAGCCAUAGCUAUUGUUAUCCCUUGUAUCCUGGCCUUGUGCCUGCUUGUUUUGGUUUACACUGUGUUUCAAUUCAAAAGAAAAGGAACACCUCGACACAUACUGUACUGUAAACGCUCUAUGCAAGAGUGGGUGUGAAUUAGGUAUUUUAUCUCAUACAUUUGAGGUUACUUGAGAUUCAACAUCAGAGCUAUUAUGCUGUUCCCUAGCUAAAAGCAGGCAUCGGUGAGCUAGGGUCAUAGCUGAUCUUUAAAAACCAAGAGGUUUUUGUGUCCUGCACCUGAGUGAGGAUUCAAUCAUCUGGGAAGCUUCCAUGAAAUACAGUUUCUGCAGUUCCUCCAAUUCUAUCGUAUUUUUUUAUUUUAUUUUUGUCAUUCAGUUUCAAGCCUCUCUUCUGCAUACUGAAUGCACGGAAGACUUUCAGACGUAAAUAAGGAAGAGGGGGAAAGAAUAGAGCAAAUCCUUUCCAGCGAUUUUAAUGAAAUUUUAUUUUUGUUAAAUAAAUAAAUAACACAAGCCCAGUUCCUCUUUGAAAAGAUAAGUGCUGUAAGCACGAAUAACUCGAAUGAAAAAUAACAAAACUAAGAGCAAAAACCACCCUAACUUAAGCUUCAGGAGAGUGUGAAGACCCAAAACAGCUUUGUUUCCAAAGAGGAUUGAUUCUUUGUCUGCAAUGGAUAGACACCCACAACUUACUUUGUGGGGGACCAGUGUUAUGCAGGACCUUAAGACUGUUUGGACAGCCUUCUUUUCCAACAAACAAGGGGCCAAAAUAUCUGCAAUAUAGUAACAGCCUUAAUGAUACAUUCAUUUUGUGUUUUAUACAACUUUUUCUGAGCUUUGUCCAAAAUGUUCGAAAACAUUUAUAGUCAUUAAUAUACUGAACCAGAAUAUUUUUUUUUAAGUUUUGUUUGUGUUUUUUGUUGUUGUUGGUAUUUUUUUUUGUUUUUCGUUUUCUUGCAUCAUUAUAUUUGAUCAAGCUGUAUCUAACUGCCUGGGGCACUUAGCAGGUCUGUCAGAAACACUCAUUUGUAAACCUAGCAGGAAGCUGUAUGUGUCUGAAGAGGAUUGCAGUGAGCUGCGGCAAAACGGCCGUCAUGUUGUGAGGAAAAUUGCUAAAAGUAUUACAUUUUUUGUAACCCUUUGAGUGCUAAUGUAUCAGUGUUCAGAUUUUGAUGGACUCUCUUAGCUUUGCUGUCGCCAAAUUAUAUGAAUGUUUAGAACAAGUAACAGAGAAUUGAGAUGUACAAUGAUAAAAUGAUUACUCAUCUGCAUCCAGAACUGUUUUUUUCUCAUUAGUGUUUGGAAUGUCUGAGCUACACAUCUACAUUUUUGUUUUUUCUUUUUGGUGUGUUUCAGGUAAUGAUAGGUAGAAUAAGCAAAAAAAAGGCAAUAUUCUGAAAAGGCGUCAACGCAUACAUUUUUGUAAAAAAGAAAAUAAAAAAGAAAAUGCAUUGUAACAAAAAGGUGUUCUGUUGCACGAGAAUGGUAAUUGCCUUUCAUCUAGAUCUAGAUACAUAUAAUAUCAACCCUCGAGAGAAUCUGACUACUGCAUGUACCAUUUGUCAUUGGACUGCACGUUUACUAUAGUUCUCAAAGGGCUGACUUAGUGUUUUGUCAUCAAGCAGUUUAUCUAAUGGAGUCAAAGGACCACCAAAGCAUUUUCUUAUCAAGUGUAUUGCAUACUGGAAGUGCUGUUGUCAUUUUCAUGUGACCUGCAAAGCAGGAAUCUUUUUUUUUCUUUCUUGAGACAAGUCAGCAACUGACAGAGCUCUUUAUUCAAUUUAGAAACUGCAUUUUGCAGCGUUGCGGUUUUACAGACUCAGUACUAUAAUCAUGUUUCGAAGGUAAAAAUAUUAUGCAGUCCGCCCACAAAAAAACUACUUCCUUUGCAAGUGAGUAUUAGGGAGAAUAGUUUUAAAUGGUGAAUACGUUUUCACAUAUAAGAAUAUAUGUGUGCAUUCGUGUGUGUAUAUAUACCCAAUAGGGCUGCACUCAACUAAAGAUGCAGACAUUAUAAGGGUGCUGGUGGGGCCAAUUCAAAAUACAAGAUCAAGCGAACUAACUUACUCACUAAACAACAAUUUCUAAGCUCAUAACUUUAAUGGGGGUUUUGUUACGGUAUAUGAUCGUACAUUGCAUAGGGCUGCCAGAGCAGGGGUACAUUGUAUGAUCAUAUACUGUAAUAAACGUCCAUUGUUUUUGCCUAAAAAAAAAAUAUUAGCUUCUGUGAGCUUUGCAAUUGCUCAUAUAUAUGUACGUACACACACAAUGUGUUUUAGAGGUAUGUCGAGAUGCACGUCCGAAAGCUUAAAUGAUUUGUCCACUCCAUAAACCCAUUUGGUCCCUAGCUGCCAUUUUGCAUCAAUUUGGGUUACUUAUUGUCUUGUUAAACAAAACAAAAGCAUGAAAAUUGACCAUAUAUUUUUUAUAAGCUUGAUAAUCAUUCAAAGACUGGUAUUUUGUGAUUCAAUUUUGUAACUUUGUAUUAUCAGUUCAAAUUUAGCCAAUGCCAUUUUUGAAGGAAUGCUUUCAUUUGUUAGAAGAAAUUGAAGAAAAAAUAUUAUAUAUCCUUUAUUAUGGAGUA